AUUGCCCAACAACUUGAAGCAUGUCUAAAUCCAAGGAGGAGGAGGCCCUACAAUUUCUGGACCACUUGGACUCUCUAAACCCAACUUUGGGCCAAAGCAGCGGCCACAGUCCAUCUGCACAACCUGGCAGCGCUAGUGGGGGCGACUCUGCCCAGGAUGUUCUGGCGUUCAUCGAUGAGUUAACUCAGAAAAGCUCAGAACCACCUCGAACCACCGCACCUCUCGACGAUCGUUCCAUCUCGCGCUCAUCCACUCCAAAUCUCAGGAAAAGCACUGAGCGAGUAAAGGUCGGCUCGUCUGGCUCACCCCAUCCAUCAUCUUCCACUUCGUCCCUGUUCACAAAGAACGAUUCCACAGCCACGCUUGACUCAUCGGUCAAGACUGAACAGGCGGAACCUGCACAAGCAAACGCUGGAAGGUGGGGAUGGGCAUGGACGCGUGCAUCAGCCGCUAUGCAGCAGGCUAGGUCCGUUGUUGAUGAACAAGUGAAGAACUUGCCCAAGAACGAGCAAGUAAGUAAAUGGAGUGAGGGUAUGCUCGAAUAUGCAAAGACAGCACAGUUGGAUAAGCUCGGACAGGAUUUCAAACGAGUCGGCCUAUCGACUCUCACAGACAUACUAAAUGUUGUCGCACCACCGAUCUCAGAGCAUGAAAUUAUCCAGGUUUGGUUAAGUCACGAUAUGAAAGGAUAUGAUGGUGUUGAAUCCAUCGUGUUUCAUGCGCUCACCAAAGUAAUGGAGCAAGUUGGGAGUGGUGACUUGACCGUCAACAGAGUCGAUGAAGUAAGAAACACAACUGAAUCAGAAGAUACACCGGCUCUCAAUACUGUCGAUGGCUACGAUGCCGCUAUCAAGCUUGCUCAAGCGAACUUGUCCGAUUUUGUAAAGAACAAUGCUCAGCGUCUGUCAGAUAACUCUACGACACAAAGUGCUAUUGCACACACAUACAUCUACUUACGGAUACAGCCAUUCAUGGCUUCACCUCUUUCCACCCAACAUGCAAGUGCAUCCGGUACACUGGCCGAUACAGCGUCUGCGACGUCAGACCUUCAGUUCGUCUUACAUCUGUCUGAUCCUGGGCAUCAGCUGGUGCACACGACUGUCACCCAAGCUAUCCCAGGUAACUGGCUGAACCUCUGGGACACCCACGACUGGGUGGAACACCUGAUUAGCGAGUCAUUGAGACUAGGUGUCGAAACCGCAAGCCAGAACUACCUUGCUGCUAGGAUGGGAUGGUAUAAGGAUGCAAUUUCUGCUGACCAACAGAGGCCGGUGGACACGAACCGAGCCGAAUGAUUCUUACAUGGGGAGUUUGAUUCGCGGAUGUCGUUUUGUUCGUAUGACCUCUUCUAUCGCAAUAAAUGUAAAUUUACCCGAUUGCACUCGAUCCAUUACCAUCUUCGACGCAGUCGUUUGUGACUACUUUAUCUUUGUACCGUACACAUGGUUAAAGCCCGAUUCAGGUUCUUCGAAUUCUAUCUUGUCAUGAAUCUAGCCACUGCAGCUGAUCCAAUCCGUCCGGUGCGAGGCGCUAUAAAGAUGCAAAGGUAGCUGAU